AUGGGUCGUGUGCUCACGCUCAGAAACUGUUCGCCAGCUCGUACUACUCUCGAUCAGGGAUGGACAUAUCAAAAAUCUGCGCGCCCGGACCAAUACCUGAACACCCGCCCCCAACCACCUCCCGCCGACAGACCCAAUGAUACAAGCUUCAGCUCCACCCCGGAUCAAGCCACAAAAUUCCGCACCAACGGGCUGCGUCACUAG